AUGAUAUUUGUUCGCCAUCACCUCCACGAAGGGCUUAAAACUGAGUAUCUGACAGUUAAAGAUCCACAAAUCCUUUGGAGUAAUAUAAAGGAAAGGUAUGACCACCAGAAAAAUGUGAUAUUUUCAAAUGCUCGUUAUGAUUGGUUGCAUUUAAGAUUACAUGAUUUUAAAUCCACACAAUAUCAAGAAAAAGGUUUUAAGAAAUAUUCUGAAUUGAUAUGUUGUCUUCUUGUGGCUGAACAAAAUAAUGAGUUGUUGCUGAAAAAUCAUGAAGCAAGCCCUACUGGCUCAACUUCAUUCCCUGAAGCGAAUGUGACUUCCCAUAAUGGAAAAGAAUCAAAGAAAAAAGACCAUGCUAGCAGCAGUGGUCCUGGUCGUGGCCAAUGGCGAGGUCGUGGGCGUGGACGUGGUUUUGGUGGCUAUGGUAGAGGUCGUGGAGGUUAUUACAAGAGCUCACAUUCCCACCAGAAGUGGGACCGAAAAGAUGGUAAAUGUGAGAAAGGAAAAAGUGACAAUGUGACUAGCGUUUGUUAUCUUUGUGGAGGAAAAGGUCAUUGGUCACGUGUAUGUCGCACACCAAAACAACUUGUUGACCUUUAUCAGCAAUCAUUGAAGAAAAAAAGAAAGAAUGCAGAGACUAAUCUUGUAUUAGAAGAUGGAGAAGGUAAUUUUGAUUCUGGUGAUACAACUCACUUAGAAGUUGCAGAUUUCUUUACUUCCCCUGAAGGGAAUAAUUAA